AGCCGAAGGCUGUGCCGGCAGCCUUGCUCCACCCCCCGCCCCUGCGCGGAAACUUGGGAGAUUACCUAGUGGACAGUGAUGGACCGGCCCAGGAGGGGUCACAGAGGGGAAGAGGUGUAAGGGUCCAGUCCCAGGGUCCAGGGGAACUGAGAAGCCGCCAGGGGUCUGCUUCCUCGCCUACCUCUGUUUCCCAUGAUGUCGUUCUGCCCUUUUUGGGGUGUGCUGGCCACCUCCUGCCCAUUCGGUCUGAGCACCACGGCGUUGUCAAUGGAAUCAAUCAGACUGGUGGUCUGUGGGAUGGCCGAGUGAUCCAGGUGUCUUUGAACUAUAUUAUGAGAAGGGGCAGGAUGUUCCCUGGGGACCCAAACCCAGGGGAGCAGAAUGUGGAGGAGCAGUUUCUCUAUGAGUUCAUUUUCAAGUUCUUCAAAGAAAAUAAGGUGGAGAUUGCAAGUGCAAUAACAAAGCCAUUUCCCCUUUUCAUGGGUCUACGGGACCGAGGCUUUCUCCCUGAACAAAUGUUUGAACAUUUUCAAGAAGCUUGUAGAAAUCUGGUCCCCGUGGAGGCCGUGGCGUAUAACGUUCUCAGUGAACUGGAGAAGAGAUUUGACAAGACAGUUCUGGAGGUAUUGUUCAGCAAGGUUAACCUGGAGGCCUAUCCUGCUUUACUUGAGGUUUUCAGCAGCUUCCAAAAUGUGAUUCUCGAGUACUUCAAUUACCAAGCUAUUGAUGAGGAAGACACAAAGGAGAUGCUCAACUCCCAACACAUCUGUGGACAAGGUGCCACCCUACUUGGAGCUGGAAUUCAACAGUAUCUUACUAAUGGACAGCAGAUGAGUACAAAGAAAGAAGAACCAUCUUUUGACCCAAAUAUUUCAAUACAAACCCAGAAAAUGACAAAUGAAUCUGCCCAAGAAUCUCAACAAGCAGUGUAUUGUGAAUACUUACCUGUCCACAUGAAUAAUGUAAGAGGAACAGAAGAUAGACCCAGCUUAUUGCCACACGAUGGACAGGCCAUAAAUUCAGAUGUCCAUGGGAUUUCACUUUUUUCUGAAGAGAACAGCAAGGCCUGCUGUAUGACUUGUGAUGGAGAAGAGCCUCAGGAAGCCUUGAGCUCCCCACCGACAUAUGAGCCAGUUUCCUGUGAGCAGGAAGACCUCCAAAGAACUAGUAGUGGUGAUUCUGAAGAGAUAACCAAACUGCUACCAGCUGAUGAGGGAGGUAAUCACGAUUUAAAUGACGAAGACCUCCAAAGGACUAGUGGUGGUGAUUCCGAAGAGAUACCCAAACUGCUACCAGUUGAUGAGGGAGGUAAUCACGAUUUAAAUGACGAAGACCUCCAAAGGACUAGUGGUGGUGAUUCCGAAGAGAUACCCAAACUGCUACCAGUUGAUAGGGGAGAUCUACAAAUGGAUGGAACAGGAGAAUCAGAAGAAAUGCCCAACUUACUGCCUUAUGAUGAAGAAGUGACCUGUGAUCUUGAAGUUUCAGAAAUUACUAACCUAGAAGCAGACAAGGUGCCCAGCUUGCUACCUGCUGAGGGAGAAGAGGAGAGCAAUGUCUAUUGGGAUCUCAGUGAUGGGGAAGAGCUCCAGGAAACCUUGAGCUCCCCACCAAGAGAAGAGCCAGUGUCCUAUGAACCUGAAGCUCCCCAAAUGGCCAAAGAGAAACCAGAAGAGGUGUCCAGCCAUCUACUAUGUAAUGAAGAAGUAGCUGGUGAACUAGAAGCUCCCCAAGUGGGUGGCGAAAGAGAAUCUGAAGAGCUUACCUGUAGCCUACUACCCUGUGAUGAACAAGGAGCAGAGCUACCAGCAUGUGGACAUGAGAAGUGUUCCUGCAUUAUGUACUUCUCAGAAGAUGUGUCAGGAAGUCCAGAAGCAAGGUCUGACAGCAGCCAAGCACAUGACACAGAAGAUACUGUGGAUCUUGGAAACAAUCCUACUUUGGGAACACUCAAGAGGAAAAGAAGAAAAAAGAAAGGGCAUGCCUGGACAAGAUAUAGAAGGAAGCGGCAGAGAAACAUCCAUCAAAGAGAAUCAGAACUACCAGCAGAUGGAAAUGAGAAGUGUUCCUGCGUUAUGUGUUUUUCAAAAGAUGUUCCAGGAGAUCUAGAUCCAAGCAGUGGGAGUCAAGAUCCUGUGGAUCUUGCAAACAGCUCUACUUCAAGAACACUCAAGACAAAAGGAGGAAAAAAGAAAGGGAAUGCCUGGACAAGAUAUAGAAGAAAGCAGCAGGGAAACAUACAUCAAAGAGGGUCAAGAAAGCACAGAGAUAACACUGUGGAUUUUCGCUCUCAAAUACUUCCUGUGACCUGUAGACAGGCAAAAGGGAUGUUGCAUAAGAAGAAAUUGAAACAAGGAGUCAUGAGGAAGUGCAUACAGAGUGAGGAUGGCAAUUGGUUCACCCCCAGAGAGUUUGAAAUCAAAGGAGGCCGUGCAAGAUGGAAGGACUGGAAGAGGAGUUUGUACUGUGGAGGGAGAGCCCUAGAAUGGCUAAUGGAGAAAGGAUUUCUAUGGAAUCCUCCAAGAACAUAUGGAGGGAGAAAAAAGCAGGAAGUAUCAGAGUCUUACAGCAGUAUCUUAGAUGACCUGUGUCUGAAAAACUCAGACGUAUGUGAGAUCUGCCUCGAUGGAGGAACGCUCUUUUGCUGUGAUACUUGUUCCAGAUCCUUUCAUGGGUACUGUCACCUUCCACCUGUGGAGACUGAGAGGAGCCCGUGGAGUUGCAUCUUCUGCAGGAUGAAGGAGUCUUCAGGAAGUCAGCAGUGCGUCAGGGAAUCUGAGGUCCUGGCAAGGCCAAUGGGGCCUGAGGAGCAGCUGAAAUGUGAGUUCCUGCUGUUGAAAGUAUAUUGCCACUCAGAGAGCUCAUUUUUUGCGAAGAUCCCAUAUUAUUACUAUAUUAAAGAAGUUUCUCAAAACCUCAAGGAACCUAUGUGGUUGGACAAAAUCAAGAAGAGGCUAAGUAAGAAGUGUUACUCCAAAGUGGAGGGGUUUGUGCAGGACAUGCGCCUCAUCUUUCAGAACCACAGGGCAUCAUACAAGUACAAUGACUUUGGCCUAAUGGGCCUUAGACUGGAGGCGGAAUUUGAGAAGAUUUUCAAGGAAGUGUUUGCUAUUCAGGAAACAAAUGAGAGCAGUUCGGCGCUAUAGUGGAUGCUGCUGGUAGUUCGGAAAAUCCUCUUUGGGGGCCCACUUCUCAUUUCAUGGCUGCUGUGGGGGUUGGCUGCCAGUGCUCCUCUGAGUGGCAUGAUUCAUGCUCCCCACUGGGCUCAGGAUGCACCUAGUCCCAGCUGUGGCCAGCUUCUUGCUUAGCUUUCUACCAUGCUAUCCUGCUUCCCUUACUGCUCCUUCUCCUGAGAGAAUUCUGAAAAUAAAUCAUUUACUGAAAGGA